ACGGCCAACGACACCAAGCCCUCACCGAACCCCUUGGCUUUGUGUUCCCAUCUCGCCUCGGUCCUCUGCCAAAUCCCCAAAUCGCAGCCCCCGAUCCGCCGCCGUCCCCGAUUCGCCGCCGCCGUUGACCCGCGCAAAUGACCUCCGGCCCGCCGUCGCCUUCCGGCAAGGCUUACUCCCGCAAAUCUCACGGCCCCGGCCCCAAAUCCUCCAAGGCCCGCUCCUUCGACGCUCACAAUGGCCCGCUGAUCCCCACCGUCACCUUCUCGCUCCCCUCGACGCCGGCCACGCGACGAGAGCUACGGCGCCGCCUCUCCGCGGAGCUCGCACAGGUGCGCGCCGCCUACAAGCGCAUAAGCUCCCUCCCCGCUCCCGCCCCCUCCUCCGCGCUCUCCGCCACUGACCCCUCCACCCCGCUCCCGCCGCACCCGUCCGUCUCCAAGCACAAGUCCAAGAAGGGCCCCCCGAACCCGUCCGGCUCGGCGGAGGCGCGGCGCAAGCUCUACGCUCCCGUCUUCAGGAGCUGCGCCGUGGUGCUUGCGAGGCUGAUGAAGCACAAGCACGGCUGGGUGUUCAACGUGCCGGUCGACGCCAGUGCGCUUGGCCUGCACGAUUACCACACCAUCAUCACCAAGCCCAUGGACCUCGGCACCGUCAAGUCACGGCUGGCCGCCGGGCACUACAAGUCGCCGCGGGAGUUCGCAACCGAAGUCCGUCUGACUUUUCAGAACGCCAUGAAGUACAACCCCAAGGGGCAGGAUGUGUAUUUCAUGGCCGAGCAGCUUCUAAAUAUGUUCGAGGAGAAGUGGCCAGAGAUUGAAGCUGAGAUGGCACAGCUGUCACCGCAGCCACCUACACCAUCAUCUGCCCCACCCAAGAAGCAGAAGCAGAGGGAGAGGGAGAUGGAUAAUGCUAGAGUACUAGAGAGGUCUGACUCCACAGCGCAUGCUGCACCAUUGGAGGCUCCCCCGAAGCCGCACGCUGGUACCGCCAGACCCCCAGUUUUAAAGAAGCCAAAGGCAAGGGAUCCUAAUAAGAGGGAGAUGACGUUCUGGGAGAAGCAGCGGCUUAGUAACGACCUCCAGGACUUGCCAGCCGAGAAGCUCGAUAAUGUUGUACAGAUCAUAAAGAAGAGGAACUCAUCACUCAAUCAGCAUGACGAUGAGAUUGAGGUUGAUAUAGAUAGCUUUGAUGUUGAGACAUUAUGGGAGCUUGAUAGAUUUGUGACAAACUACAAGAAAAGUAUAACCAAGAAUAAGCGGAAGGCCGAGCUUUCCGUAGCAAGGCAGGAUGAGUCCGACCAUGAGCCGGAUUUGGAGAAGAUUGAGCAUGCAAGGCAUGAUGAGGGAGAGCAGGAUCAGAUGCGCACAGUACACAAUACGAUCCCAGAACCAGAAGCAGUUGAUGUAGUUGAUGUGGUUGAUGUUGAACCACCUAUGGUUGAAGCUGAACCACAUAAGGAAAUUGCAGCAGAUGACAAUGGGAGAUAUAUGGGUUCAUCAUCACCUGCUCAUUUGGAAGAUCAGAAAGGAGACAAUGUCGGUAGAUCAAGUAGUUCUGGAAGCUCUAGCAGUGAAUCAGGGUCUUCCUCCAGUGAUACGGAUUCUGAUAGUUCAUCAGCAGAUGGAUCUGAUGCCGCACAGUCACCCAAAUCGUAACAUCUAUAGGCCAGAUCUUAACGUCAGACAGAAGAUGAUGAUAACCUGUAAGUUCACCAAAGAUUCUGGCAUGAUAUUUGCCGACACGAUUCAAUGUUGCCGUCUGUAAAUUUUGGUCAUGUAGGGAAGCCUAACAACAACUGCUGCUGUCCGUGUUGCUGUUAGGUCUUUUUAGCCUCAUAGUGGAUGCCGGAGAUCACGCAUGCAUUUCAUGCGUCUGUACCAUUAUUUGCAGUUAUGUAACUAUUGUAGAGCGCUGCGUUUACUUAGUCAUUCGCUGGAAGUUAUCUGACAAUUGGAUAGAAGACACCUGCAAAUUGGGCAAGUAAAGACAGCCGGUGAAGACCAGGAACCUGGAGACCUCGCCCUGUUGUAAGAUUGUAAAAUUGUUAUAGGUGGUUAAUUCCUUUUGUUUUAUUUUGGAACUAGCUAGUCUGUAAUUUAUGUUGUGUCGGAAUAGCAUGGAUAAUUCAUUUCCCCAUUGCUCUGGUUGCUCUAAGCUGAAACAUUUUACCCCAA